AAAAAAAAAAAGUUCACAAGGCUGCCCAGAAAAAUGCAAAAAAGCUAAGACAUAUUGAUGCCACUUUGUACUAGCAAAGUAACUUUAUUUCACUACUUAAGCCAAUAAUCUGAUUUAUUUAUCGAUUAAAAAUCUAUCAUUUCAAAAAUAUUUAAAAGAUUAAUAGAGGGCUACGAGAUCAUCUUUCUACUUGAGAAGUUAUUCUUAAAGGAGACUGGAUCACAGGCUUUGCUUUGGUAUGACAAAGAAGGGACGCGUUCUCCCAGUGAGUAUUCAUUAUUCCAGUAAAACGCAGGCUGCCCCUUGCCCUGUUGUUAAGCACUCGCUGAUUUCUCCUGUGUAGGUCAUGUGAAGGUAGUGAAAUCCUUCCUUAAAUAAAAGGCGCUUCAGCUAGUUACACUGGAAGACAGGAACCCAUUUAUUCCACGAUGCUGGGAAAUGGUGCGGGAGACUACUGGCAAACAAAAUACUGUAUGUGCACCUUUGCAUGAUAAGCUUUAACGUUAUUUUCAUCUGUAGUUGAUAGAAGCAGUCUCAUUUGGCAUGCAGAGUAAGAGUAGAAAAGUAAUAAUACCAGGAAUCUGUUGGGCUGUUACAUAUGUUAAAAACAGAAGCGAUUACCGGAUUGUAAAACUAACUCCAGAGUUCACUUUCUGGAGAGGAAGCCUCUGAACUGACCUAACGACCUAACGAGCGUCAGCCGCAGUCAGCAAGGCCCGGCAGGGGCCCAGGCAGCCGCGGGGGCGGGGUGGAGAUCCGAAGUUGCGUCUGCGCAGUACAGCGGUACAGUUCAACGGUCGACGGCUUCUUUGUUUUAUGCCUCUACCAUCUUGCUCGUGGGUUUGCUACCGCCUUCCUCUAGUCCCUUCCACCAUCUCUUGAGUGAACAGCCAUGAGCUGCGCUGCAGCCGUUCUGCGGGCCAUCCAAAGAGCAAGUACAGCGGGGAUGAGCUUCUGGAUCUCAGGGAAGGCUCUGCGGCCCCGUCAGGCGGUGCAUGUCCUCUUCAGCGGACCCUGGACCUUCACACCUGUGUCCAAGAUGGCAACUGUGAAGUGUGAGCUUAUGAAGAAUUUCACCUCGGAAAAGCCUGUUUGUCACAGUAAAGUCUCCAUUAUAGGAGCUGGAUCCGUGGGCAUGGCCUGUGCUAUCAGCAUCUUGUUAAAAGGCUUGACUGAUGAACUUGCCCUUGUGGACCUUAGUGAAGAUAAACUGAAGGGUGAAGUAAUGGAUCUUCAACAUGGCAGCCUUUUCGUGAAAAUGCCAAAUAUUAUUUGCAGCAAGGAUUACCAUGUCACCGCCAACUCCAACCUAGUGAUUAUCACAGCGGGUGCGCGCCAGGAAAAAGGAGAAACACGCCUCAAUUUAGUUCAGCGAAAUGUGGCCAUUUUUAAAUUAAUGAUUACCACUAUCGUGCAGUACAGCCCCCACUGCAAACUGAUUGUUGUUUCCAAUCCAGUGGAUAUCUUAACUUAUGUAUCCUGGAAACUGAGUGCGUUUCCCAAAAAUCGUGUUAUUGGCAGUGGUUGUAAUCUGGAUACUGCUCGUUUCCGUUUCUUAAUUGGGCAAAAGCUUGGUAUCCACUCUGAAAGCUGCCAUGGGUGGGUCCUUGGAGAGCAUGGAGAUUCAAGUGUUCCUGUAUGGAGUGGAGUGAACAUUGCUGGUGUCCCUCUAAAAGAUCUGAACUCCGCAAUAGGAACUGGUAAAGAUCCUGAGCAGUGGGAAAACGUUCACAAAGAAGUAAUUACCAGUGCCUAUGAAAUUAUUAAAAGGAAGGGUUACACUUCUUGGGCCAUUGGCCUAUCUGUAGCUGAUUUAACAGAAAGUAUUUUGAAGAACCUGAGGAGGACACAUCCAGUUUCCACCAUAAUUAAGGGCCUCUACGGAAUAGAAAAAGAAGUAUUCCUCAGUGUUCCAUGUGUCCUAGGAGAAAAUGGUAUAACAGAUCUUAUAAAGAUAAAGCUGACCCCUGAAGAGGAGGCCCAUUUGAAAAAGAGUGCAGAAACACUUUGGGAGAUUCAGAAGGAGCUUAAGUUUUAAAAUCCAAAGCCAUCAUUCUGAAGUUAUUGAAGAUAAGAUAGUAGAUAAGUGAUUGUACUGUGUAUGCCAGCAUUUUAGAUAAAUUUGAAUUCGUGAAAGUUGAAAGAGUCCCCUGUUUACUUAGCUCUCCAUUUUAAAAAUUUAGCAUCUUGAUGCUGAUGGUACUUACCUUUUUACAGUUCUUAAGUGACUGCAUCUAAGAAAAUACCUAGUUACUCCAGUGUACUAUUACUUGCAUUAUAAGUCUAGUAGGUGCCAUCUGGUCUAAAAAUAAAUAGGAUGUUAGUGUGUUCUAAUUUUCAUUAAAUAGGUGCUGAUUCUUUCUGGGUUGCUUAUAGCUAUGUUCAUUUAUGUACCAUUAAAAAAGUUGUAAUUUUCUUUACAGUGUAAAAAUAAAAGUAUAUACACAAAAAAA